CUCAACAUGUAUAAACAACCAAAAGGGUGCUUUUGAAACUGGUGAAUCUAGUCAUUUACUCAAAAAUCUCAUUAUUGAUUCUGAAAUACCAUCACCGAUUCCGGGGUUGGUAGCUCAAAACUCUUCCUCUCACCUCACCAGCAGCUCACUCAUGUCAGUUCUCAUCUCAGCCGAAAUCACGAUAUCUAUCUCAUCAACACACCCAAGACCAAAAUGCCCCGACUCGCACCAUCUCUAUUUCGACAAGCCCGGAAGCAAAUAUCGCCCUUUGCUCCCCUGCUUCUGCCCGUCUGCCGAACCCUCGACUCAACCGCCAACGAACUCCGCUGGAUAAAAGAGCACGUCAACUCAACCGAUUCCCUCGUGCCCCGAAAGCUUGGAAUAUGGCAAGCCUGCCUCAAGCGGGAAAAGGGGAUACCAUUACAAUACAUCCUCGGCAACCAACCCUUCGGCCCCCUUGAUAUCCUCUGCAAACCAGGUGUUCUCAUCCCACGACCAGAAACCGAAUCCAUAAUAACCCACCUCACCACCCUCCUCCCCUUUUCGUCCUCCCCCCUCAAAAUCCUCGACCUCUGCACAGGAACAGGCUGCAUCCCCCUUUUGGUAGCCUCCCUCCUCCCGUCCACCAGCCAAACCCUCGGAGUCGACAUCUCCCCCCUCGCCAUCUCCCUCUCCCGCCAAAACCUCUCCCACAACAUCUCCCUCUCCCACCUCCCCCUUUCCGCCUCCAAAAGCAUAACCUUUACCAAAUCCGACAUUUUUUCUCCUUCCUUCCUCUCUUCCCUCCCCUUUUCCCCCGGAGAGUUGGACAUCCUGACAUCAAAUCCCCCUUACAUCUCCCCCGCUGGCUUCAACAAAAACACUGAACGUUCUGUCCGGUUAUACGAGCCUAAACUCGCUCUUGUUCCGGAUGUGAACCUAGGAAAAGGGUAUGAUUGCCUGCCGGAGGAUGCGUUUUAUGCAAGGUUGCUCGAGAUUGUGAGUGUCCUCCAGCCGAAAAGAGUGCUUUUUGAGGUGGGGGAUGUAGAGCAGGCGAGGAGGGUGGCGGAGAUGGUUGUUAGGGGAGGGGAGCUGAAGAAUUAUGCGGGGACGGUGGAGAUUUGGAGGGAUGAUCCUGAGGGGGAGGAAAAGGAGAGGAUAUCGCUGAGGAAUAAUAGGGAGGAGGUUGAGGUGAAGGGGAGGGGGAAUGGGAGGGGGGUGUAUUUUUGGAGGAAGGAUUGUUGACAAGACUGUUGGGGAGGGGGUGGUUUGAGUGGUGGUGUGGUGUGGUUUGUUGAAGUGUUAAUCCCACCAUCCGAUCUCGUCUCAUAAAAGUCAAAAUGAUGAUCGCAAACCGGUUGUUUAUACUUAACCUCCUCAUUUCCUCAAUCUGCGGUGGACUUCCUUCCAGGACUGGAGGGUAUCACGGAAGGUAGCCAUCGUGGCACUUGCUCCCGAGGUCAUGGAAGUCGCACCUUCCUCAGAAACACCCCAUGCCUCACGGCAAGAGCAAGAACAA